CCGGACUCCCAGUCGCCGCGACGGUCCCGCGCAGACCCGCGAACAGAGCCCGCGGCCAAGUACCCCGCCGUUUAGCACCAGCGACGCCGCGGCCGCUCGCGGGGACCCUAGGCCUGCCGUAGGCAUCCGCAGGGGACCGGCGGCAUGGCGGACACCAGGAACUGGCGGUACAGCGGCGUCCCGACCGGGGACGCGCAUCCGGCAGCUCGUCCUGGAGCAGAUGACGGCCCGGAGGACGAGCGCGUGCCGCUCCACGUCGGCGAUGGCGUCGUCACCAUCCUGCCCGCCGCGGCCAAGGCCGACGUCAAGGCGGACCCCCUGGCCUCGCCCCUGGCGCUGGACGUGCUCCCCGUGGAGGCGGCCGCGGUGGCCGGCAAGGUGGCCGGCAAGGUGAAGGGCUUCUCGCAGCGCCGCCAGUACCUGGCGUGCUGCGCGGUGCAGGCCCUCAGCGUCAUGGGCGGCGUCUGCAUCGCCUACAGCUCCUCCCUCAUCGCCGCCCUGAUGGCGGACGACAGCGAGCUGCCCGUCAGCACGCAGCAGAGCGCCUGGAUAGCCAGCGUGCUGGUGCUGGCCGUGCCCGUGGGGGCCAUGGUGUCGCUGGCCCUGGGCAACGUGCUGGGCAGGCUGACCCUGGUGCGCGCCAUGGCGCUGCCCUACUGCGCGGGCUGGGCAUUCAUCGCCACUGCCAACUCGGUGCCGCAGCUCCUCCUCGGCCGCCUGCUGCUAGGGGUGGCGCUCGGUCUGAGCCACAGCCCGCUGCUGCUGUACGUGUCCGAGGUCGCCGACAAGAACAUCCGCGGCGGCCUGAGCGCCAUCGGCACGGCCUUGGCGUCCUUGGGCGUGCUGCUGUGCUACGUCAUGGGGGCCGUGAUGCACUGGCGGACGCACGCCUGGGCCAACUGCGCCCUCCCCGUCGUCCCCAUCCUGGCCAUCCAGCUGGUGUGCACCGAGAGCCCCGUGUGGCUGCGCGCGCGGGGGCGGCUGGAGGCGGCCGCCAAGGCCUCCGCCUUCCUGUACAACGACCCGGACAAGGUGGUGUCAGUGCCCAGCAAGCCCAGCAAGCCGGCGACAGAGGGCAAGCCGGACAAGGCUGUCAACCCGUGGAAGAUGCUGUUCACCGACCCCAUGGCCUACAAGCCCCUCAUCAUCGUCAACCUCCUCUUCAUCAUCCAGCAACUCGUCGGCAUCUACAUCACCAUCUACUUCGCCGUGCCGCUCUUCCAGAAAACGGGUAGCACGAUCGACCCCUACCUCACGUCCAUCCUGAUCGGCGUGGUGCGCGUGGUGGGCUGCACGGCGGUGUCGCUGGUCAUGGCGCGCCUGGGCAGGCGGCCCCUCAUGAUCGUAUCGUCGCUGGGACAGGCCGUGUCCAUGGCGGCCUCGGGGACCGCGACGUACUUCAUCUUGCGAGGCGACGCCGUGUCCUCGUACUGGGUGGUCGGCGGCGUGCUGGGCUACAUCGCGUUCGGCUGCCUGGGCUGGCAGGCGGUGCCGUGGUGCAUGAUGGCGGAGGUGUUCCCGCACGAGGUGCGCAGCCUGGCGCAGCCCCUCAACUCCAGCACCGCGCACAUCUACAUGUUCCUCAUGCUGCAGCUGUACCCCACGCUGCAAGAUCUCCUGGGCGGCGCUGCGGGCAUCCAGCUCCUGUUCGCCGUGGCCUCCCUGCUGUCCGCGGUGUUCGUGUGGGUGCUGCUGCCGGAGACGCGCGGCCGCACGCUGGGCGAGAUCGAGCAGUACUUCCGCGACAACGACACAUUCCUGCAGGAGAAGCGGCGCAAGCGCGCUCUCAAGGCGUAAUCUCUACUCAUUGUACAGUUAGGUUUAAUGAACACUUGAAGAAAGAACAUUUGUGUCACCAUGAUUUUUGGUGUGAUGUCUCAAUAACUCCUGUAGCCUGAUUGAGUGCACCUGGCAUCUCACCGCACAGGUAGAUAAAGUCAAAUCAGUGCUCAUUGGACAUGAAGAUAGAAUCAACUAUCUCCUUGCCACGUGUGGGUGGGGAAUGAAGAGGACACCAGUUUUGUUUUGUAUCUCGUUUAAGGUAGCAAAGACACAUCCUAAUUGGAACAUACAUUGCAAAAUCAAACACUACAAAGAGAAUUUUCAAACAGAAAAACAAAACUACUCCAGAACACUGACACAAGUAUCACAUUUACUUGCACUUUGUUAAAUCUUCCAACAACAACAAAAAAAAGGUUGCCUUAAUGCAGCACAAUCAUAUAAAUAAAUAUAAGACAAGAAGAAAUUUUAAGUCAAGAUGAAACUUCUUACUUGAAGCAUUCAAUAUACAGUAACUAGAAAAUGUUUCAGCCUUAGAAUUUGCCAAAAUGAACUCUAGGGUUGCAACAUUUUAUUAUAAUAAAUCAUCUAUACCAAGAAAUAUACAAAGUAGUGUCAAAAACUAGAUUAGAUAUAUAUUAAAUGAUAGUGAAGCCCUGCAAUGAAACAGUGGACAUGUGAGACUUUUGGCAGGAGCUUUACAAUGGAAGAACCUAACAAUACUUAAAAUGUGGAGGAUCAAUCAAUCAAAAUAUUUGAGACAGUGGCCAAUAACAUCAAUAAAAAACACCAGGUGAGAGCUUUCUAUGAUGUGUUGAUAAAACAAAAAACCUGAGACACUGAAUAAUUUCAUUCAUCACAACAAACAUUAGUUUCAAACCGGGAAGAGAAAGUUUCAACUCUGAUUUAAAUUCCAGAGAUAAACCAAGAUGAAUUAAACCAUGACAAUAUUCUUUGUGUGUAGUGCCAAACUACAGUGGGAGACAAAAAUGACACACAUAUUUGGGGAGCGGGGAGGGGGCAAGGUCACAAAAAACACAAGGUGUGUCCUCAUAGACAAUGCUUCGUAACUACACUGUAACAAAUCAAGUCUUGAGAACAAUCAAUCCAAGCAAGAUAUCAAAAUUCAAAUGGGUGUAAGUCAGAUAGUCAAAAAUACAAACUUAAUUAUUGGGAAGGUUAGCUUAAAGUACAAAGAAAUCCCUUUCCUACCUAAGUUUGUUCAUACAAACCAAAACACACAAUGAUUCCUUUUGCUUACAAAACAAUCCCAGUAAAAGUUCCUUAAUGACUAAGAAACAUCAAUUUUAGUGGGGAAUUUGACUUGUUAUAAUUUUGUUUUCUCUAGAUUACAAAUUUUAAAUGGGGGAGCAACUAUGUAAAAAAUUUAUCGGGAUUCGGCUUUGUGCUUUGGUGGCUUAAACCCCAUACCUUUUACCUUCUUUCCUUUCUUACCAGUCUGAAAAGUCUUCCAGCUCUCCACUCUAUUUUGUCGGGAUUCCUGUAAAACGCGAUACAAGUUGCUUUAGUUUCAGCCUAGUUUGAAGAAUGAAUGUAAGCUGAUAAAUAAAUAAGAAAAUGUUACCUCAAA